AUGUCUCCUAUUAUCUUACGCCUAAGACAUCUCCGGGCUGUAUAUGGUAGGAACUUUGAUGUGUUUUGUCAUGAAUACGGAUCCGCUGUGGGUAUCACAUUUGCCUUAAGUUCUGUGGAUAGUGAUGAUAUUGGAUACUACUAUGUCAGUGAAGUUGCUACCAACAUUGAAAAUCCUGAGUGGGAACCUGUUGAAAUGAACAGUCUUCCGAAGCAGUACAGAGCAUCUAAGGGUUUGAAUUCAAUUACCGGCUUACAUUUCAGUCGUGCUUUUUACCUUCUUUCUUGUAUACAAGGAGAGUCCUCCCUUCAUAAUUUGAUCAGUCAGGGUUUAACUGCUGAACAAAUAUCCGUGGCAAUCGAUUCAGUCAAAAGGCGAACAGAGGCAACCAAAUAUUCGAUAUCUAUAGCACGUAACAAAGUAAAACAACUGGAAAGUAAAAAUUCCAUUAUACAACAAGAACUACUGGACAUGAAUGAAAACAAAGAAACAGCUUGUAGCCGACUCGAAACUUUAAAUCAAUCUUGA